AUGGAACUAACAGCAGCCGCCGCGACAGCAACGGCAAGCUCCAGUCCGCCACCCGGGACAGAACAACCCAGACUCGAACAACAGCCACCGCGACAGCAACAUCAACAACAGCAGCGUCUACUCAGCGUGCCCACGGGACAGAGACCCCGACCCAGACAACCCAAUGCCGCCGGGACGCCUCCUCCCCGAGUCGGCCGCGUCGCGCCUCCUAGUCCGCAGUACAGCUACGCCGCGCCGUCAAGGAGUACCAACCCCAACAGACCAUCCCCGGUAAAGCGCAAAGACUCCGGCUACUCGAGCUGGAGCGCCGCGACGCCUCGAACGCUGGAUGCUCCUGGGGCGCAUGAGCAGGGACGUGGACAUGGGCUCGGAGCGGCGGUGGAAGAGGGGGAGGGGGAGGAGGAGGAGGAGGAGGCCUAUUAUACUGGUCCGGAUGGGUAUGACGGCUAUGACGAUGGGAAUGGAGUCGCCGGGGGGGAGUAUGAGCAUGGAGAUGGGGAGUAUGAGCAGGAAUACUAUGAUGAGUCCGGGCGGUAUCACGCGUGGGAUGAGGAGGAUGUGGAGUACUCUUCCGAGAACCUGACGCAGCUAUGCCGGGCCGACCAACCAGAAAUAGAAGGACGCAGCAGGGGGGGCUUUAUUAAUCUACUUCUCGAGAGAAGUCCACUAGUGGGAGGCAAUGUGUGGAGCGGAGAUAGAGAGUAG